UCGCGGGAAGGAAGACCUCUUUCUGCUUAUUCUAAGUGAGUGAAGCCUGUGCUGAGGAAAACCUCGCGAGAGGACGGAGCUGGGGCCUUUGCCGGCUGAGGCGCCGCCUCCUCCUCGCCUCGAUUGGACCCGGGGCUGACUGAGGGAGCGAGGCCUGCGCGGAGGGCAGGAGAGCGGGAGCGUGGCUGACAGGGCUUCCUCCUCCUCUGCCGCCGCGAUGCCGGGCGGACGGGCGUGCGCCGUGUGCGGCGGCUGCGAGAUCGAGGUGGACUCGGCCCGGGGGGAUGCGGUGUGCACGGGCUGCGGCUCCGUCCUGGAGGACAACAUCAUCGUCUCCGAGGUGCAGUUCGUGGAGAACAGCGGAGGAGGCUCCUCGGCCGUCGGGCAGUUCGUCUCCCUCGACGCUGCAGGGAAGACACAAACGGUUGGAGGAUUUCAUGUCAACUUGGGAAAGGAAUCACGGGCACAAACUCUGCAAAAUGGAAAACGGCAGAUCCAUCAUUUGGGAAACCAACUUCAGCUCAAUCAGCAUUGCCUUGAUACCGCCUUCAACUUCUUCAAGAUGGCGGUGAGCAAGCACUUAACCCGUGGGAGGAAAAUGACCCAUGUCAUAGCAGCCUGCCUCUACUUGGUGUGUAGGACAGAAGGCACCCCACACAUGCUGCUUGACCUCAGCGACCUCCUUCAGGUGAACGUCUACGUCCUGGGCAAAACGUUUCUUCUGCUGGCCAGAGAGCUCUGCAUAAAUGCUCCAGCUAUAGACCCAUGUUUAUAUAUUCCUCGCUUUGCACACAUGCUGGAGUUCGGCACUAAGAACCAUGAGGUUUCCAUGACGGCUCUGAGGCUCCUGCAGCAGAUGAAGAGAGACUGGAUGCACACAGGUCGACGGCCCUCUGGCCUUUGUGGUGCAGCUCUUCUAGUUGCGGCAAGAAUGCACGAUUUUCGGCGUACUGUGAAAGAAGUGAUCAGGGUGGUUAAAGUUGGUGAAUCUACCUUAAGGAAAAGACUUACAGAGUUUGAAGAUACACCUGCAAGUCAGCUAACAAUAGAUGAGUUCAUGACAAUUGAUUUAGAAGAGGAAUGUGAUCCUCCCUCAUUUACAGCUGGUCAACGGAAGAUAAAGAUUCAGCAGCUGGAGAAGGAGCUGUCAAAAAAGCUGGAAGAAUUAGAAGGUGAAAUAACAAGCUACCAGGAUGAAAUAGAGAUUGAAUUAGAGAAUAGCAGGCCAAAAGCAAAAGGAGUUUAUGCAAAUUACAGUAAAGAUGAUUCUUUGGAAGAUAAUACCUUGAGUAUAUUUGGAGAGGAGGAAGGAGAAGAUGAAGAACUGGAAGCAGCUGCAAAUCACUUAAACAAAGACUUUUACAGUGAACUUCUAGAUAAAGACAAAUCACAAGAAAAAGAAAUUUCUGUAAGGCCACCUGCCUUGGAGUCACUUCUUGGCCCUCUCCCUACUGCAGCCAGUCUUGGAAUAACAGAGUCAAUCAAAGAGUGUAUAUUAACAAAAGAUCGGGAUCUCAAUGAAAAUACUGAAGAUGGUGAAUUGGACCUAAAUGGAAUUGAUGACACUGAAAUAGAUAUGUAUAUACUAAAUGAAUCAGAAGCCCAAAUAAAAGCAGAACUAUGGAUGAAGGAAAAUGCAGAUUAUUUAAAGGAACAAAAGGAAAAAGAAGCAAGGAUUGCAAAAGAGAAAGAACUUGGAAUUUAUAAAGAACAUAAGCCAAAGAAGUCUGCAAAGAAACGGGAGCUGAUUCAAGCCAGCACAGCAGGAGAGGCGAUUGAAAAAAUGUUGGAACAGAAGAAGAUAUCGAGUAAAAUUAAUUAUAAUGUGUUAAGGGACCUCAACAGCAAAGGAGGGAGCACACCAAAGAAAGACGAUGACAGCGGCAAUGACAGCACCACCACCAAGAAGCUGUCAAGGAGAAAAACUCUCCCAGCUCGGAAUGUGGCCAGCUCUGUGAACAGCUUGGGGAAAAGGUUAAGACCUUUGAUUUCGACACAACUAGCAAAAAGGCCAGCAACUGAACAGGCAGUUUUUCCAAGUACUCAGGCUGAUGCUCAAGAAACUGAAAAGCCAACAAAUGUCCUGGUAGAGACGGGGCCUGUAUCAUACAACCACGAGGAAGAUGUGGAAGAAGAAGAAGAAGUUGAAGAGGAAGAGGAUCACUGCAUGAGCGCCCUUCAGUUGAUGGGCGGAAAUGAUUACGGCUGUGAUGUAGAUGAAGAUGAUGGAUAUUAACCCAAUAUUGCUCGAAAUGGUGAGAGAAGUUACCUGGUGACAGUAAAGAAAACUCAUCCUAAUGUCUAAGCAGAGGUGAUUCCAUUCACCAUGGACUCUGAUCCAUGUCUGAUGAUUGGUUUGCUGGCCUUGGGAUUUAUCGCAUUGACCUAUAGGCUGGCCAUUGGCUUUGAAAUGCUUGAACUUAAUCAUGCUAUGGAACAGGGUUUAACAGAUGUAUCAGCUUCAGAAAAUCAAGGACAAGAGCCCAGUGGUUGAGAUCUCAGAGCAAGGAUCUGCCUCAUGGAUGACUCUUGAAUCAAGCCAUCUUGUUGUGAAGGUGUAUAUAAAGGAGAAGAUCACAUUCAUACAUAGCAGGGCACGUGCUCCAACAUCGCAUCUGUCUUGCCAUGCUGAAAAAGAAGAGAAUUACUAGCAUGGGGUGGGGUGGAUAUUGCACCCUGGCAACUGCCCCUUGGAAAUAGGCCCAUGCAUAUACUUUGUCCAGCUGCAGCAUUGCCCUUUGCAGCAUUUACUGCAGAGUUGCUCAGGCUGGCAUGUCCUACCUACUAUAGGACAGCAGUAGUAUGUUUGUUUUCAAGAACAAGAGGAAAUAACAGGAACAUUAUUUCUUUUUUUUAAAUUGUUUCUUGUGCUAGCAUGAAAGCCUCAGGGAUGCUGGCACCAUGUUGGAUAUUUUAGUGGGAUAGUUAUUAUUCUUGUUCCAAGUAAAUCAAGAUUUCUUAUCACUCGCUGCUCCUUUUAGAAAAAGUAGUAUUUGGUCAAGUUUCCUUUUGGUUAUUACCAUGUCCACAGUCUUCUAGCCAGCAGGGCUUUUGGCAGUGCUCACUAGGGAAUUCUUGAAAUUGUACGCCUACAAAAUGAAGAAAAGAUAGGGUAAAGAGAAGAUAGAUGGGAAAAAAUUCAAGAAAUAAACAUGAUGCCCACACUUCUGACUAAGGGCUAUCUCCCAAAGCUGUUGUAUCCUCAUUAUAGUCAUUAUGUUUUAAGAAUAAGCUGUAGCCUACCUGAAGAUAAGAGUGGCAAGUUCUCAGAUUUUGGUCUUGGUAAAUCUUACUCACUUUCCACAUGGGUAGCGCAGUCUCCAGCAGGACACACUGUUGUUUUUUAAGCAAAUUGCUCUGUUCCUCUCCCUGAUGUAAUUUAAUUGAAUGCUAUUUAAUAAGAUUGGCAUUGGUGGAUUAAGGGCUCAGCCAUGCAGAAAGCUUGACCAGGCUUUCCAGUCUCUUUAUUUGUUCUGGUAAACUUUAUUGUGUGACCUCUUGAAUUUAAGGGUAAAAGAGACCAAAAGUGUUUAGUCUCAAACUCAAAGAAUGACCUUUCUGAAUUCUGAUUUGGCAGGCUUGUGGCUUGAAUGUUAAUUGUGAACUAUGUUUUGCCCCCUUGACUUUCUGUCACCACUCUAUUUAUUUGCUGUUAGAAACCAAAGCCUGAAUGCUACUUGAAUCAUUCCUGUCUUUGUUGCUUGGUGGACAAGGAUGAUACGUCAGAUCACCUUUGUGGGAAACUAGUUCUCUGGGUCAUCUAAAGAAACAAAACACAGCUAACUGACUAUGUUGAACCUAUCUUCGUCAAAGGUCACAACCAUAUCUUUCUCUGUCACAGCUUGACUUUACUACAUAUCAGGGCUGGUAGAUCCUUUUACUUCCUUCAGUUGGAAAAAGAUGCUUCCUGAAAAAUCCAAGGCUUUGUUCACGCACAAAUGGGAAAUUAUACUUGAGUUGAACCACUUUUAUUUAUCUAGGUUCUGAAUUUACUCAGCUUUAGCCUCUAAAAUUAAGAUUCUCAUUUUAGUAGCACUAUGGCUACUACUGUUUGACAGAGAUUGUUAUGGCCUUGUGACAAAUAUGUUCACUUCUCGGGGAACAACAAACUGCCACCACUCCUUAAUUGUGAUAACUUCCAUGACUCAAACACUUACAAUAUAUGUAUUUCUGGGAGCCCGGCUCUUGAAACUAAAGGCCAGAUACGUUUUUGAAAUAGAAUCAUUUGCAGGUGUCUUCCAUGCCAUUGUAAUGAUUUCAGUGCCAGCUUGGAAUUCAGGUGAAACUUAAUUCUUUGAGGAUUUUGUAACAUUCCAUAUGGUUCACACCUAACCUAUUUUGGAAACCUGAACAGUCUUGAGUUGCUAAAAACACAAUAUUAACAGAACCCAUUCUCUCUUGAGUUCUGGUCAGAGAAUACAGUUACUUGUACCAUUCAUGCACUGCAGAAGUGACCACAGGGUGAGAGAAACUGAGAACCUCUGGUUCAUUUUUGGAGCUGCUUCUAAUUCCAUUUUCCUUGGAUCAUGUCUUCAACACACAGGAGAGAGUUGUGUGUUCUUCCUGAACAGUAUAACCCUCUUUUCAGGCAGGGCUCCAAUAUCCAGUAGCCUUAGCCAACAUUGCCAAAGGCAUGGAGUCAUGGGAAUUUCAUUCCAACAUUUGCAAGGUCAUGUGAUUCCUUUUUCUAUGAUGCUGUUCUGUCCCGUGUUUCCAAGAACUUGCAGCUGCCUGGACCAGAUGGCAGAUAUUCCCAUCCCUAUCAUGGCUCCUCUUCAUACUGGUCUUUCAAAGGUAGAGUAGCUUCACCUUUGGCUCUACUGGCAUGGUCCAGACAUUCUCAUGCCACCAUAAUAUGGGGAACACUAAAAUCCCAACAGUGAAGCAGAAAAUGAAGAGCACUAGAAUUAGGCAUAUGAGAAAAUCUACUAGAUCUGGAAUAAUAUGAAAGAAAUGCAACAAUGGAAGCAUUUAACCAUUCCCAUCAUUACAUUGACAACAUUUGAUACAUAGAAGAUGUAACUCCACAUCUUUCCUGAGUUGUAAGUCUGAGAGCCAAGAGGCUAUUUCAUUAGAAAUGUCCUUAUAUUUAAUAUUCUUAAGUGCUAUUUUUUAAGAGAGAGACAAAGACUUUGCCUAAUGAGAAUCACUCAUUUGAGGCUUCUUUUUGCCUUGGGAUUAAAUCUCAAAUUAGCGCAAACAGGAACUUUGUUUCCAAUGCAAAUUGCAGCUCCAGAGAAGUAAUUGUCAUUGGAACAACAGCAGGCAGGUUAACUUCCUCUUUCUCAGCAGGUGCUGUUAGCAUUGUAAAGAACACAUUGGACAAGAUCCUAUACCCAGCAGUUGUAGUGUAAUGCCCCAUUUUUGCAUUUUCAUGUUUGCCAGUCUGUUAGCUUUUAGUCUGCUGAAAGGGAAGGCAGGCAGUUCCUAGCAGAAGAUACAAUAGGUCCAGGCUCAUAGGGAGGAAGAAACAAGGAGGUACUCUCAUACAUUAUAUACCUUCCUUCCUUUUGAAAGUAAGACUGACAACUUCUGAAUUGUCCCUUCCUUUCCUUUUCCACUAGUAAGGACCACCAGCAGCCACCCUCCUGGGGUUUGACAGGUAUGGAGGGGGGAGGCUUAGGACUGAUUGCAAAGGCCAAGAAAAAACAAACUUCUCUUUGCCCUGCCCAAAAAAAGUCAUACACUUAUCUAAGCCAGCUUUCUGCUCAUUAAGUGCAAAGAUAAAUUUAGCAUCCUGUUUAGUCUGCUUCCAGAUUCUAAGCCUAAAUCCAGUUGCUUGUCCCAGUUAAGGUACUGAAUCAAUGGGAUUUACAGGAGUGUUAACUCACUACAAUAAAUUUAAUGAUCAUUCUCAUCAGGGUAAGCAACUGGAUUUAGAUCCAAGUCUGAUGGGAGUCAUGAAACACUCCAGAUGUUUGGCUGCAACUUCCAAUAACUGUUGCAAUUGGAUAUACUGCCUGAGGCUGCUGGGAGCUGCAGUCCAACAACAUUGGGAUCUGCAUGGCUCCCACCCCUGCCUUAGUCCUCUGAAAAGGUGGCAGUCAACUGACACAUCAAAGUACCAAUCUCCCCCAACCUGAAUGUCUUGGACUACAGUUCUCAACAGCCCUUAAUAAUCAAGGAUAAUGGGAAUUAUUGAUCAAAAAUGGAAAGGAUUCCCAGUUGCAGAAACCUACUCUAUAUGUAGUCUUUUGCUUUUAGUAACAGAUGAUGGUGUGCAGGCUUGGUAGAGGGGCAGGAAUAUCUUUUGGGCCCUGAAAGAUGUCAUUUUGAUAUAGCUUUGCAUCUUUAUGGAUCAGCCGUGUACAUUUUUAAUUCAUUUAAUAUCAGAUCAGGAUUUCCCCUGCCUUUCCAGGUUCAUUUUCUUAUAUUCAUUUCUCCGUGUUAUGACUAAGCUGAGGGAAAGUAAAACGGAUUAGCAGAUGCCAUUUUCUGUUUUCCUAACUGCUUCAGCAAAUGUUAGAAAGGCAAGUUCAACUGUUAACUCUCGUCAGCACAGUGAGUGUAUCCGAAUGACCUUGCAGGAGGCAUUUUGAUGGAUUUCCUGGGAUCUUGCUAUCUUCCCAAUGCAAAUGAUGGUGAGAGAUUAAAGGGUUUUAAGAGUAAGUUAGUUUAGGAUCAUGAGAUGCACAUCAUGGCUUUUUUUCUCUUGUAGAAUACAAUUUCAAGAUACUAAAUUAUGCAAAAUCAUCCAGCUGAAGCAUGCUACCUUUCCAUCUUGGACUCCUUUUCAUUUCUUUCCCCUUUUGUGCACUGACUUGCUGCAAUGCUGUCACAAAGACAGUAGACUAAGGCAUUCUUGACAUAUGCCAGAUUUUUCUGAUUUAGUUUGCCCAAGUGUCACUUCUUCCAUCUUUCUUUGGAAAGACAACUCAUACAAACCUAGAUUUAGCAUUAGAUGAUAAAGCCAAAUGUUGCCUGUUACAUGGAGCACAGGGUUAGGUUUCCUUUGGUUCCCUGCAACUAAUGGCAGAAUGAGAACAAAUAUAUGAAUGAGGCUCUGGACUGGGAUGGAAAAUGCUGAUGGGGAUCCCACUGUUUCCUACAUAUUGGUUCUACUUGCACAUUGUGCUGUUCAAAUGUGGCUUCCGUUGUAGCCCUCGCUCUACUUGUUUGCAUUCUCUGCAGAUGGAGAGUUCAUCACCUCCUGCCAUUUUGAUGCAUUGUUCAGUGCUAACUGUAAUGCUUGUUACCCUCAGUAACAAGGCCAGACUAAAUACUCAGGCCUGGAAAUCCAAAUGAUCGGCAAACAGCUGGAAUAGCCCUAUAGACCGGCAACAAGAGCCACCUCCCACUGUUUUGUUUUGUUUCCUCCAACAAAUGUAAUAUCUGUAAAUAUUUUAAUGUAACAUUUUUAUUAUGUUCUUACAAAUGCCAACAUUCUAUUGGUUGGUAGGUGGUUGUAAUUUUUGUUGUUGUUCUUUAAUGACUGUUUUAACUUGGACAGCAGUGUACAGACUCUGUGUGUAAACCCUAUUUUGUCUCUAUGAAGCAAGCCAUUUCUAAUAA